AGGGAAGACGUGGAAGUGUAGCUUCUACUUAGCUCAUCUCAACUUCUAUCAGUUAAACUUUUACUGCAGUACGCUACUACUCACGUGUUUUGUAUUUUACGCAUGCAGAAUAUUUAAUUUUCAUGAGUUCUAAGAAGUUUAUAUAACGAAGCUAAACUAAGGGGAACGAGUUGUUUGAAGUAAAGUGUUGUGAAAGAAUACUGUCAGGAUGCCCCGACCAGGGAGGAACACGUACAGCGACCAGAAACCUCCCUAUUCCUACAUCUCCCUCACCGCCAUGGCCAUCCAGUCCUGCCCGGAGAAGAUGCUCCCUCUCAGCGAGAUCUACAAGUUCAUCAUGGACAGGUUCCCUUACUACAGAGAGAACACCCAGCGGUGGCAGAACUCCUUACGACACAACCUGUCCUUCAACGACUGUUUCAUCAAGAUCCCGCGGCGCCCGGACCAGCCCGGGAAGGGUAGCUUCUGGGCUCUGCACCCCAGCUGCGGGGACAUGUUCGAGAACGGGAGCUUCUUGCGGCGCCGUAAACGGUUCAAGGUGAUGAUGAUGAUGGCGCAGGAGCACCUGGCUCAGUCCAAGCAGUCUGACGCAGCCCAUUAUCUCAGGCUUAGCGCCCUGGCUGCCACCGGCACACACCUCCCUCAGAUGUCCAGCUAUAACUUGGGAGUGUCACAACCAUCAACUUUUAAACACCCAUUUGCUAUAGAGAACAUCAUCGCCAGAGAGUACAAGGUUCCCGGGAGUCUGGCGUUCUCCACCAUGCAGUCGAUGUCUGCAGGCUACCCACUGCACAACCAGUUGACUACGGCCUGGCCUCACAUGUACAACACUAUGGUGGACACUGUUUCUCCUAUCUCUAUGAGCGGUGACUACGUGGCCUACCGCAUGCCUCUUAAAUCUCUGUGCCACGGAGGACAGACCCUACCCGCCAUUCCGGUGCCCAUCAAGCCCAACCCGACCACAGUAGGUCUCUCGGCAGGGCUGACGCGACACACAUCCGCCUUCCUUUCGAACUCUCCCCAAUCUCUGAGCCCCACCUCCCCGCAGACAGACACCAGCCAAAGCAGCCCCCCUACUCCCAGGGAGACUCACACCAACCCGACACUGCAGUCCGUGGCAGUGCACUAACAUUAAGAACUCUACAGAACUCUUUAUAAACUAGACCAGCAGGCUCAAACCAAAUCCAACGUUUAUUUGGACUUUUGCCGCUGACAUCUUGGGCUGAGAAUAACUACAAUUAAUUAAGGCAAUAGACUUCCGUGCUGCAGUGUAUUUUGAUGUCGGUGUUUUACUUUGAAUGCUAAUUGUCUUCUAACAUGGUUCCAGCAGAGAGAUAGUGAAAUAUUGCUGUUCAACUUAAAAGGUAUUCGUUGUGUCAGUUUUAUCAGUGUGUUUUGUAAAUUAGUGAGGCAAGGCAAACAGCGGCUGUCAGGCGCAUGAAAUAUAUUUACUUGGAUUUAUUUCUGCUAUCUAUGUAAAAAUAACUAAGUGAAUUGUGAUGUUUUUUUUCAAUCUUAAAAAAUAGUAAGGGGAACUAUAGGGUCUUUACUAAAUGCAAAAUAAAUAUGUGAAUAAAUGUGAAUAAUUGCAAAUAAGUUGAUAUGAAAAUGUUGUAAAAUACACUUUUUAGUUAAACAUUUUAGAUAUCUAUUUUGCAGUAGCUUUUCUGUGAAGCUGUAGUGUAAAGCCAUUUAAAACCACGGUGAUAUACAUGUGAUUAAAAUAUGAUAUGUAACUGUUGACUUUUCUAUGUUAAUGAAAAAGCAUAACUGCUUUUGAAAAGUGUUCAUAUAGUCUGCAAUGAAUUAGAAACUUGGUCAUCGAAAUAUUUUCUCAUUAAAAUAGUGUAAACAUUAUAAUGGUUGGUGUAUUCUGUGUAAAUAGUGUAAACAUUAUAAUGGUUGAUGUGUAAACAUUAUAAUGGUUUGUGUAUUCUGUGUAAAUAGUGUAAACAUUAUAAUGGUUGAUGUGUAAACAUUAUAAUGGUUGGUGUAUUCUGUGUAAAUAGUGUAAACAUUAUAAUGGUUGAUAUAUUCUGUGUAAACAGUUUAAACAUUAUAAUGGUUGGUGUAUUCUGUGUAAUUAUUGUAAACAUUAUAAUGGUUGAUGUAUUCUGUUAACAGCCAGAAUAAUGCUGUUAUCAUGCACCUACUGAUUUACAACUGGGAAAACUUCCAGACAGGUAUCCUUAUGGCAUGAUGAUAAUUAUUAGUAUUAUAUAUUAACAACAAUACAACUUUUUGAUUUCAAUAUGACUCUUCACUUUCUAAUAUUUAAUUUAUUUCCAUUACAAAUAUAAAGUAAAUCAAAUAAUGUUUACAUAAUCAUGAAUAUAGCUCAAUAUGGUAUAUUGCUGUGUAUUUCAGUGUCUAGACCUGAGUAGAGAACGCGGUGUACAGUGUAUAGGCUACACCAGAACCCUCGUUGCGCCGCUCCCACAGGAGCAGUCAGAACAGAACUUUGGAACUGCUGAAUCAGAAUCAGAAUGCGGGUGAUUAGAAUGCAAGGAGGUACUGCCGUAGUCACAGCGCAGACAACCGGCCUCAUUCAUUCAGCUACACACUAAUAUACCCUCAAUAAAUGAAGUAACACACGGAGAUGGGGAUACAGUUACAUUAGGCUAUAUAACACCAUGCGAUUUGCUUCUGACUUCCAAAACAUAUCAACAAAUGAACAGAGCACAUUAUAAAAAUCGUAAUUAUCAUAUAAGAAAGGUUAACAUUCAAUGCAGUUUUUAUGUUUUGCAUUGACAAAACUGCUAACCAUUUUGCACAAGUUAACUUGAAUUGGACUAGUUUAAGCCAUAUAUCACAUAGCUGACAUUGAUAGUAUGGAUAGCCUAACAUGACCAUUUUAGAAAUUAAUUUACAAUCAACAAAAUGUAUCUCUGCAUGUGCAUUUUUUCACAAUGCAAUAAUCACAGUAGACGAUAUGUUUUAUCUCUAUUUAUUGAAUUGUUUCUUAGGUAUUUUUGUAUAAUCCGAAAUAGCCUAUUUAUAUAUCCACGUGUGAAGUUGUCCUUAAGUGUGCUACAUUGAUAGCUUAUAUGUUGAAUUGUAGUUUUAUUUAUAUUAAAAUGCAUUCAUUCAGUGUCAGUGACAUCAGGUGCUGUGAAAGAAAUAGCCCAUCUCGGCGCAUUAAACAAAUACUUUAGAAUUCUGUCACUUUCUCCAAUUGACUAGAUCAAAUACCGCCUUCUAGCCACUUCAUUCUCUCCAUUCACUCAAUAGAAAGAGCAAAGAAUUGCAAACUUCGACUGGGCCACCAAUGUAGAUUUAGCCUUUUUUCGAGUAGACAAAAAGACUGAUUUCUCACAGACACAUUGCUGACUGGGGAACUGGGAAACGGGCUCAGAGACCCCUUUGGAAUUUAAAUCCACUCCUCCCCUCCUCCUGACCAUGUUUGCCCAUCAGUGCUCUGGGUUUCCCGUUCUUGCAUUGUGUGUAUUGUAUUCAUGUUUAC